AUGGGUGAUCAUGGCAACCGAAUUGGCCUGGUGCGAUAUUCGUAUACCGGCACUAUAGAAGAACGAAUGCCACUUAUGGCCAUUCGUCUGCCGACAGACUUCAAAACGAAGUAUCCGGACGAGUAUUCCAAUUUUCUGGAAAACAAAUGGAAGUUCACUAGUAACUUUGACGUCCACCAAAUGCUACGAGAUGUGGCGCUGAUGAGACUUGGUUCUAACAGAACAAGCACAUCGGCAUCCACUGGACGAGGGAUCAGCCUCUUCGAUAAAAUACCUGCCACGAGGUUCAUUCAUGCUUAUUGUAGUACAAUUGUACACAUUUUACAUGUAUUUAAGAAGUGA